UUUAUAGGACGUCGUUGCACUCCGGACUCUUUAACGCCACGGACCAAACCCGGAAAAGACCAAACUUUUAGACAUGCUAGUUCGGCCUGACAUGGAGGUUUAAGCUUGUUAUAAAGAGUCAUGUUUAGCUUUAAAACACUGCAGAAGAACAGGACAUUUAAAUAUGGAGUACCUAUGGUCCAAAUGUGUUUUAUUUCAGCUUCUGGUGGUUGGAGGUUCUUUUGGCCUGCGGGAGUUUACGCAGAUCCGAUAUGAUGCCCAGAAGAUCAAGAGAAAGUUGGAUCCUUCCCUGGAGGCCCGAGUGAGUAAGCAGGACCAGUCGCUGGUCUUAGAGAAUGAGUAUGAGAAGAUGAAGGAGGCCAAUUUGGAUGAUUGGAAGAACAUCCGCGGCCCGCGGCCCUGGGAGAACUCCAAGGAUUUCCAGGAUCAGCAGCGCAGCAUGCAAAGAUAGGAUCCCACAAAACAAGACCUGAGGACUCAUUCCUUAGCCUCUUGUUGGACAUCCUCUGAGGACAACAUUUGUAGGACACAAAUGGUAAAUAACUAUAUAUAUAAGUAGAUACAUCAGCGUGCUAAGAGACUUGUCUACCUGGUGGUCAUCAUAGUAGGGGCUACUUUUAUAUUGUAAAUAAAUCCUAAAAUGUUUAUUUCUCUACAUACUUUCAUGCAGUUUAAUUUAUUGUCAAUCCAAAAACAUGUGCUUUUAAUUAGAGGUGUCCCUAUACAAUAUCAAUAUCGGUCUGAUAUCAACAACAAAAAUAAGAAGUAUAUCGGACACCGUGUAAAAUGUCCGAUACAAGGAGUCCUGCAGCGUGUUCAUUUGUGCAAAGCUGGCCAGGCAGUUAACAUCUAAAAGGUUGGUCUUUUCUUCGAUUGUAGUCAAGUCAUUUACAAAAAAUAAAUAUGUUAGCAUACAGUCUACUAGGAGCUAACGGCUGCCAGUGUUGGGACUAAGGCGUUACUGUAACGCCGUUACUUUUGGCGGUGAAUAGUAAUAUAACGCGUUAUUUUUUAUAUUCAGUAACUCAGUUACCGUUACUGCUUUAUUUUACGUUAUUUUUUAUGUAUUAUCGGCUAGAAACUGAGAAGAUCUGAGUGUGUUUUAUUGCAGCUCUGCGGAAGAGGCGACAAGAAAGAGGCGCGCUGUAUGUGUGUGUGUGUGUGUGGGAGGUGGCGUGUCUGUGUUUACUAACAAGACAUCAUCGCGAAGCCCGAAGCCGAGUUUCUUAAAAUGGAGAUAUUCUCAAUACUUUUCUUUUGUCGACCACAAAGAAAAUAACAUUUUAGUUAAAUGUAAGUUGUGUCUUGGAUCAAAGAUCCUAUCCUAGCAAUUCAAAUCUGCUGAAACAGCUACAAAAGCAACAUGCUUCGACGAAGCUAGUAAAGAGAGACACACUUCACCUCCUAAGCAACAGCGGCUGGAUUUUAACGAGGCACUGCGCACUGAAGGUACACACUCUUGUCAAUUCUCUUAUAUACUCUUUCAUUCUAGACUUCUAGAGUGUUUGAUUAUCACAUCACUCUAAAUGUAUAGACUAUAAAGUUCACAAACAUAAAGAGGGAUGCUAGUGGGCCAGGCCAAUCUUUCCUUAUCUCUAAACUAAAACUGAGGAAAUGUGUAGAGUGUUCUGGACUUCAGACAUGAUUUUAUUUCAGAAUUCCUUGAGAGAGAAAAACGCCUGGUUAGGCUUUGUGUAUGUAGUGUGUGCCUUUCUUGCUUUACAGCUAUGCUGUUGUUAUGCUGUUUGUUACUUAUGUAUGUUAUGUUGCAGCUAUUUAAAAUAGUUUUGUCAAUUUGUUCUGGCCUGAAACAAAUUGGCCCUUUGAAACAUAUCUUUGGUCUUUGUGUGUUGUAUGUAGACCACAUUGCUUAGCAGAGUUCAGUGAUGCAAAUGCAUGUCAAGUUGAUCAACAGAUUGUAUUAUUCUCCAGUGCAAUAACAGUACUGAAAUGAAGGCUAAAAGGGCAUUAAAUGGGGCCUUAAAAAAUAUAUAUAUAUACAGUAUAUAUAUAUAUAUAUAUAUAUAUAUAUAUAUAUAUAUAUAUAUAUAUACAUAAGUAAUUAAAUAGUUACUUUUCACAGUAACGCAUUACUUUUUGGUUUAAGUAACUGAGUUAGUAACUGAGUUACUUUUGAAAUAAAGUAACUAACUAGUUACCGGUUUUCAGUAACUAACCCAACACUGACGGCUGCACAACAGCAAAGCACACAAGCUGGCUAUUAAUUGGACAAUAUUGCAGUCUAAAAGAGUACAUUUGUUAACAUUAGCAAAUAUGAAAUAAUUAUAGUUGCAUAUUACUCAAGGCAGAAAAGCGUAUUAGAAAGUAUCCAGUAACAAAUGUGUCCACAUAUUUCAAGUUACUCCGUCAUGAGCUUUUUGUGAUUGUGGCCAUUAGGUGUUGCCAGAAAACAAUUACCACUUAAGGCGGUUCAUAAUAAAUACCGUAUUUUUUGGAGUAUAAGUCGCACCGGCCGAAAAUGCAUAAUAAAGAAGGGAAAAAACAUAUAUAAGUCGCACUGGAGUAUAAGUCGCAUUUUUGGGGGAAAUGUAUUUGAUAAAAGCCAACACCAAGAAUAGACAUUUGAAAGGCAAUUUAAAAUAAAUAAAGAAUAGUGAACAACAGGCUGAAUAAGUGUACGUUAUAUGAGGCAUAAAUAACCAACUGGUAUGUUAACGUAACAUAUUAUGGUAAGAGUCAUUCAAAUAACUAUAACAUAUAGAACAUGCUAUACGUUUACCAAACAAUCUGUCACUCCUAAUCGCUAAAUCCCAUGAAAUCUUAUACGUCUAGUCUCUUACGUGAAUGAGAUAAAUAAUAUUAUUUGAUAUUUUACGCUAAUGUGUUAAUAAUUUCACACACCGAAAAAUACGGUAAUGUGUUUUUCAUACCGACCAUUUUUCUCUGCUUGACACAUUUCACUCGAUCAAACCUUUUUCUAACAUUCCACUGUACAAAAUAAAAGUAUUUCUGAUCAUAAUUAUUGAUAAUAUUGGAUCAAUAUCAGUAUGCAUAGGACAAUUCUCAAGACUCCACUAUCAUUAUUGUACCGGAAGUGGUAAAAUUGUAUAGAGGCACCCUUACUACUAUUACACCUUUUUUGUAAAUAAAAAAAAAAAAAACCUCACCUAUGACAGAUUAUUUCCAGUGUCAUUGUUUCACCUGCACGUCAUUUUUUGCAAGCGUAUGCAAGCACAAUGUACCUGCAUUCUUGUUUUUCUACAUCCAGCAGGCACAAGACAUUAAAACAAC